CCGCCUAUUCUCUGUCAGGUGACAGUCAAGUCACGUGCGACGUUCACCGGCAGUGGUCACGUGAGGGUGGUUUCCCCAAAGUUUAACGUUUUAAAAGUGCGGGUGGUCGUAUCACCCUACAAGUAGCACAAGAUGGCCUUCCUUUUUUCCUUAGUCUUCAGUUUAGGAGUUCUGCAUAUCCAGGGAGCUCCUGAGUCAGAUGAGAUCAAAUACUUGCCAGGCCUUGAAAAGCAGCCCAGCUUCAGACAGUACUCUGGAUACUUGAAUGUCGUGGAGGACAAGCACCUUCACUAUUGGUUUGUGGAAUCACAGACCAACCCUUCAUCCAGCCCAGUAGUACUUUGGCUCAAUGGAGGUCCAGGCUGUAGCUCUUUGGAUGGAUUACUAACAGAGCAUGGGCCUUUCCUAGUUCAGCCUGAUGGUGCUUCUUUAAAGUACAACCCAUUUGCUUGGAAUAUGAUUGCGAAUGUGCUGUACCUGGAAUCUCCAGCAGGCGUUGGCUUUUCAUAUUCUGAUGAUAAGAAUUACAAAACUAACGAUACAGAGGUUUCCAUGAACAAUUACUUGGCCGUCAAAGAGUUUUUCAAGCUGUUUCCAGAGUACAGCAAGAAUGACUUCUAUAUCACUGGCGAGAGUUAUGGAGGGAUCUAUGUACCAACACUAGCUGAGCAUGUUAUGGAGGAUGAUGCAAUUAACUUAAAAGGAAUUGCUGUUGGAAAUGGCAUGUCCAGCUAUGAGAUGAAUUAUAAUUCCUUGGUUUAUUUCGCUUACUAUCAUGGACUUCUGGGAAGCAGAUUAUGGGGAGAAUUGCAGGAAUAUUGCUGCUCAAAGGGGAAUUGCAAUUUUUUUGAAAAUCGGGACCAAAACUGCUCCAUCCAUCUAAUGGAGGUGGAGAAAAUCAUUGAUAACUCUGGACUUAACAUCUAUAACUUAUAUGCACCGUGUGCAGGAGGCGUGCCAGGGCAGAUACUGUCUGACAGCAGAGGAGUAAUUUUUUAUGAUCUGGGGAACCACUUCCGGCAGCUUGGUUCAAAGCAUCUAUUGAGACAGAAGCUGCUUGCUAUGAACUCUCUGAGCGUGUCUGUAAGGCUGGACCCUCCCUGUACCAAUUCAACAGCAGCCACCACAUACUUGAACAACAUCUACGUAAAGCAGGCUCUCCACAUCAGCCCUGAAGCACAAGACUGGCAGAUAUGCAGCGCUGAAGUCAACUUGAAAUAUGUGCGGCUCUAUAAAGAUGUUCAGGAUCAGUACCUGAAGCUGUUGGGCGCCCUGAAGUAUCGCAUACUGGUGUACAAUGGUGAUGUGGACAUGGCCUGCAACUUUCUGGGUGACCAGUGGUUUGUCGAGUCUCUACAGCAGAAGGUGCAGGUGAACAGGAGGACCUGGCUUUACAACAAUGGGCAAAACCAGCAGGUCGGAGGCUUUGUGAAGGAGUUCACAAAUCUGGCCUUCAUCACAGUCAAGGGCUCAGGACACAUGGUCCCUACGGAUAGACCUAUUGCUGCUUUCGCAAUGUUCAGCCGCUUCCUGAAGAAUGAACCCUACUGACUGAAGAGAUGACCCAGUUACGUGGUGGUUUCGUUGUUUAUUUGGAAAAAGCCAAGACUUUGUCUUCAUCUCACUCCCUCACCCCUUGCCGAACGCUGGUGGGUGAUGUUUCUUUUGCGUAAGGUUCACCAGGUUUUACCUCCAUGCAACCCGAGUUAGUUUCUACUCUGCACUGCUACUGUGAUUAUUUUCAGAAUUCUCCAUGAUGAUUCUCGAAUCCAGUGUACAAAUGUGUACAUUUUGCUAAGCACUUUCUGUCCCUGCAUAUAAAAGCCGCUGGGCCUCCUUGUCUUUGGCCUGCCGUGUGGUGAAUGUCAUAAAGUCCUUCUGGUUUAGCUGUCAGGUUCUUCUGAGAAGAUGUCACAGUCAACUACUUAGGCAUUGGAGCGAACAUGUGGCUUGCAUCAUCACAUUCAACUUUUGUUAAUUUCAUCAGUUUGUAUAUGCAGAAUCAUUUUGCGAUUUAAUUUUUUGGCAGAUUUUUUUUAAUUAAAAAUAUUUCUGUAUAUUGCGA